CCUCCCUCCAUUUCCCACCCCCUCUCGCUCAGCCACAAGAAUCCAAAAUCAUCACAGCAGAGGGAGAGAGAGAAAGAGAGAGACCAUGGCCUCCGCCGUCGUUUGCAAGGGCGAGGGUGCCGGGCCGGCCAGCCUCCUCAAGUCCGGUGCUCCCGUGGCCUUCUGCCCUCUCCGCUCCCCCGCCAUCACUGCCGCCCGCCGCCCGUACAACACCCAGGUCAAGGAGGUCAGCAGCUACGACGACGACGACUACAGCGGCCGCGACCUCGUCAUCCCCAGCUUCUUCUCGCAGGACGUGCUCGACCCGCUCGGCGCGCCGACCAGCAUGGCCCGUCUGCUGUCUCUCAUGGAGGACCUCGCAUCUCAGAUCGGCGGCCUCUCCUCCACUGCUGGGGCUGGGACGUCGCGGCUCGCACGCUGGGUGGCCAAGGAGGACGACGACGCGGUGUACCUCAAGGUGCCGAUGCCGGGGCUGACCAAGGAGCACGUGGAGGUGCGCGCGGACAAGAACAUCCUGGUGAUCAAGGGCGAGGGCGAGAAGCAGCCCUGGGACGACGACGACGACUCCGCGGUGCCGAGGUACAACCGCCGCAUCGAGAUGCCCGCUGCUGACGCGUACAAGAUGGACAAGAUCAAGGCCGAGAUGAAGAAUGGCGUGCUCUGGGUCACCCUGCUCAAGCUCAAGGAGGAGGAGCGCAAGGACGUCUUCCACGUCAAGGUCGAGUAGUCCUAGUGGCAGCGCUUAUGGAGGAUGGCCGGCGCGAGAGUGUGAGAGACGCCUUGUUGAUGUGGUCAUGUUUGGUGUCUUUCUUCCUUGUUUUGCUUCGUUGAUUGUGUUGGAUCGAGUAGGCGAAGUUGGCUGCGAACUCUGUUAGUUUCCUCUAGUUCGGCGUAUGAUGAACUUGCUUUGGUUGUGAAAUUGGUCAUGAAAUUUUGUUGAUUUCCUCAAUUUGGUGGUGAAUUUGGUCAUGAAA